AUGGGAUUAUUCGAUCAAGUCAAGGACAAAUUGGGCGACGAGAACUUCAGAAACGAGGUCAAGGAGAAGGCCACCAGCGCCUACAACAACUACAAAAACAAGGGAAGCAACGACUCGAGCGAUUCUUAUGGAUCGGGAAGAGACGACAGCUACGGGUCUUCUGGAAAGGACAAUGAUAACUACAAAUCUGGAAGAGACAACGACAACUCGUCGAACUCGUACGGAUCUGGCUCCAACUCGUACGGCUCGUCCAACAACGAUUCGUACGGAUCUGGCAGAAAUAACUCUGACUCGUACGGAUCUGGCAGAGAUAACUCGGACUCGUACGGAUCCGGCAAAGAUAACUCCAAUUCCUAUGGAUCCGGCAGAGACAACUCUGAUUCCUAUGGCUCUGGAAGAGACAAUUCCAGCUCCUUUGGCAGAGAUAACUCCGAUUCCUAUGGCUCUAACAGAAAUGACUCCGACUCCUACUCUGGAAGAAAUAACGCCGACUCAUAUGGAUCUUCUGACAGAAAGUCUGACUCUUACGGCUCCGGCAAUUCAAACUCCUUUGGAGCUGGUAGAGGCUCUGACUCCUUCGGAUCUGACAGAAACGACUCCUAUGGUUCCGGCAGAGACAAUUCCGACUCGUACGGAUCCAACUCGUACGGAUCUAACAACGACUAUAGUGGCAGAGGCUCCGACUCGUACGGCUCUGGCAGAGACUCUUAUGGUUCUAGAAACGACUACUAA